GCGGAGUAUCGCGGAUUUCGCACUCGGUGUUGUACCUUAUAUACCAUAUAUAGUUAGCCAUGCGAAGGUUUUUCUUCGUUUUUCUUGUUCUGGUGGCACCCGCAGUUCUGGCGGCCGAUGAGAAACUCAAGGGGGAGAUAAAAGCCGAGGGUACGGGGAAGAACAAUCCGGCGAAAAUCAAGAUUUGCGACGUGUGUAAUUGCACGGAAAAAACAAUGGACUGCUCGAACCGGGGGCUGAACAUGAGCGUGUUCGAUUACGAUUUUCCAGCGGACAAGCAUUACGAUGUCCUGGACUUUUCGCACAACAAGAUCGGCCGCAUAAGACCCUUGCCUACGACGCAAGUGUUCAAACUCGUGUUCCGGAACAACAAUGUAAGCAUCAUAGAUGACCACUCGUUCAAGCUCGUAGCAAACCUCACGGAACUCGAUCUGAGCCACAACUCGUUGUCUUUCGAGUCGCUCUCGCCGCACGCGUUCAGGGGUCACUUUUCCUCGGAAUCCUACGAGACGUUGAAGAAGCUGCGAAAGCUGGACUUGUCGCACAACAACUUCAUCUCGCUCAAGCCAAACAUCUUCGAGCAUGUGACGGGCAUGACGCAUUUGAACUUGUCGCACAAUCCCCUCAAAGUUUUCAAUCAAAUGUUGAUAACGACGAUCACCACAAUCUCGCUUUUGGAGGACCUCAGUAUGAGUCACUGCCAGUUCAAGAAGAUCGACGCGACCGCCAUGCGAAUUCACCAGAGGUUGAAGAUCUUGGAUCUGAGUUACAACCUGUUCCAAGAGCCACCCAACGUCCUCGAGGACGUCAACUCGUUGGAGAGCCUUAUUCUCGACGGGAACCCGAUCGUGAACUUGACGGCCGAAAAUGGCUUCCCGAGCAUGAAGAGCUUGAAGGCGCUGAGCAUGAGCGACAUGCCGAAGCUGGUGUGGAUCGGUGAGGGCUCGAUGUGUCAUCUGCAGGCUCUGGAGUCGCUGAGGAUCACCAACUGCCCGAACUUUACCGACAUCGACGAGGACGCCCUUGCCCUGAAGUCGUCGAGUGGAGGCACUACAUGGCCGUUGAUCAAGGCGCUCGACUUGUCCAACAAUGCGUUGAAAUAUUUACCGGACAAUCUGAUAGCCCGAUGGGACGACGUCAAACAGUUGCACCUGAAGGACAAUCAGUGGCACUGCGACUGCGACAACCAAAAUCUCAUCGGCGUCAUCCUGCCAAAGUACGGGAAGAAAUUGAUGGGCUCGGAAGCCUCGGAACUACGUUGCGCAGCUCCACCCGAGCACUCGAACCGGACCCUGGAAUCAUUGGCCGGAUGGAAGCUCCGCUGCCCGGACAUGUACGGAGCAAGGCCGGAACGCGACUCCGCUGUACUCAUCGGUAUGCUCGUCGGAGUUUUGCUGUCCGUACCGAUCGUCCUUGUCUUCUUCGUGUUCUGGAAGAGGGGCUACUUUUUCUGCUCGACCCAGGGCCCGGCUGCCUUUUCGAGGGCGUUUUACAAGCGAACGCCACCUUUCGAAGAUGACGUCUGAACAACUACUGCUCCCCCUUUUCGUGUAUUUUUUUUUUUUUUUUUAUACACGUCAAAGUAAUUAUUUUUUACAUUUGUACAUGUAGAUUUCCACUAAGGUUUAUCUGUAUGCGUAUUAAUUAAGUCGGCACGCACGUGGCCCAAGCGUGUCAUGUGUAUGUAUUUUGUGUACCUAGUCCUAUACUGUAUAGCUUGUGUUUUUUUGUCACGUUUGCUACAAUACUUUUAGACGUUAUACGAUUUUAUUCACCAAUUAUUGCCUUUAAAGCGUAAAAUGUGUUAGAUUGGAAGCUUUGUUGCUUUAAAUUUAGAAAAAAAAACUUUUGUUUUCUUUUUUUUACGACCUUUGUUUAUAUUUAUUCACAUUAUUAUUAGAUGUACACGCCGGUGAUUAUAAUUAAUUUAAACGAAAAGUCUUAAUUGAGAAAAAAAAAAAAAAAAAAAAUUGUAACUCUGUUUUAAUCCAACAAGUAUAAGU